AUGGACGGGCCUCUUUUUCUGGGGGCCAACGAAGCCACCGAUCAUUCUCCGCAGGAACCCUCGAAUAUUGCCGAUUCCACGACUUCGUUAACUCUUCCAUGCGUGCACUGCCGGCGUCGCAAAGUCCGCUGUUCCCGGACUUACCCUUGUGUUCGCUGCAAGCAAAGGAAUGAACAGUGUUGGUUCGACAUACCUGCAAACGAAGCCUCACAAUCCCACGAAGGCAGUAGCUCAGACAACCAGGCUCUAGAGAGAGUCGCAAAGCGCGCGCGCACAUUUUAUCAAAAUUGGUUUUCAGACAAUUCAGCCAUUUCUAGCUCCCCUAGUUCCUGCCGAUGUGUAUUUUCCGAUGCUGAAAAUGAAGCCUCUGUCAUGUUAGCUUCCACGGGAGCGUCUCCCCUGUUAGAUGCCCGGCAUUCGCGUUCUGGGAAACUUGUCCAUGAAAGACAUCAGUCGAGAUAUCUGGUGCCAGGCUUCUGGCCCACUAUGUAUUUCGAGUCCUUCAGAGCUUACACCAGUUCUCGCUUACCGCAGAUUGGGAACCUGAGCUUCCUUUUGGAUCACGAUCAGGUUGGAAAGUACGGUGCAGGAACCCAACCCUCGUUCAAUAGUGAAAGUGAAUAUCUUUACCGCUCUAUUAACAUGGCAAAUCACCCGUCCCCAUCCGCCGUUGAUUAUUUGAUCAACACGUAUAUUCAGUUUGUGGAUCCUUUCAUCCGAAUUUUACAUGUGCCUCAGAUGCUCCGCGAACUAAAUUUGUUUCGACGAGGCGUUCUCGUUAGGGCGCCCCAGUUUGAGUGUCUGGUUUUCAUCGUCUACUCCCUGGCCACUCUCAGCAUCACCGACGAAGAGUGCCGUAUUCAUCUGGGCGAAGCCAAGCAUGCGCUUCAAACACGGUUUAAAACGUGUGCAACCCAAGGGCUGGAAGGAUUAAGGCUGCACACGACCCAUGAAGAGUCUGCUCUACAAACGUAUCUAAUGUAUAUUACUCUCCUAUUCUGGAGCGGCGAAAUGCUUGAAGCAAGCUCUAUGCUAGCGACCGCUGCGCGAAUGGCACAAAGGAUUGGAGUUCAUCGUGACGGAGAGCUUUUUGGGCUCUCCCCUUGGAAAAUUGAAUCGCGCCGCCGCAUGUGGUAUCAUAUUUUACUCCUAGAUACUUGGGUGUCCGACAAUUGUGGCCUGGACUCACUUGUCUCCCCCUGGCGCGUUGAUGACAUACCGCCCCCCCCUCAACUGCAAUGA